AUGCAGAAGUGUCAAUGUGUGAAUUGUAGAAGCGAAGCCUACUACGUCUGCAGGGAGUGCAAUCAAGGUGUGUGCAAAUCAUGUGUUUCUGGGCAUGAUUGAACUCAUUCAAAACUCUAUAAUGUUGCUCCAAAAGUUUCCCAAAACUGGAGUAUUCUUAGAUUGAACUUGGUUUGCACUUUAUGCUAUAAUGGCGAUGGGACUUUUAUUCUCUUCAGGAAAAAAACAAUCCAUAAAAUAUGCAGAGCCUGCAAAGAAGUCUUAGUCUCCCAAGGCGAACAAGUUUUUGAUCCUGAAUGAGAAUCACUAUUGAUAAAAGAUAAAAGUCCGACAAGGUCAACAGAAAGGUCUCAAAGGCUUAGAGAGCUAACUGAAGCUUUUAAAGCGAAAGAAAGAAAUUUCAAUGAUGAAGGAGAAGUUUUGGAAAGAUUCGUAAAUAAUGGGCUACUCGAAAACAAUAAAAAACUGUAUGAAAAACAAAAAAAUCUAAUUAUGCAGAAAAAAGAAGAGACCCGCGAAUUUUUCAAAAGAAUACUGCUAGAUGCAAAAGAACAGCUGGGGAAUGCAGAAAUUAGCGAGCAUACGAUUGGAGGAAGGCUGCUCAAAAUUUGUGCAGAAAAUAAGGAAAUAAAAGAGCUGAAUGAUAUUAAUAUGAUAUCAACUCUCAAUGAAAACAAAGAGCAGUUUUUACAGAACUUAAGAGCUUUUCCUGUCUUUAAAUAUAUUCCUGCAAAGGAAUUUGUAAUACCUAAAGUUCUUUAUUAUUUUCUCGGCGCUUCCAAUAGAGUAUUCAAGAUAACUCUUCCAAAUAGGACUUGUGAAUCUAAGAGCGCUUCAGUUAAUUGAAAAUUGUAUGCUAACUGAUGUGUCCUAAAUAACAACGAAAUUAUUUAUUCAGGUGGAGAAGACUAUGGCUGUAGUGGAAAAACCUUUAAAAUUUCUUAUAAUAACCUUGAAAAUCCUCAGCAAUUGACCUCAUGUGUUGCAGUUUCACAUCAUUCAAAUAUUUACUAUAAAGGCUACGUCUAUUCUCUUGGAGGGAGCUAUCCUUAUGCACAAAGGCUUAAUUUGACUACCAAUCAAUGGGAGAAUAUUAGUAUCCGCAUUGGGGAGCUUGGGCUGACAACUACGUGCACUAUUAAUCAAGGAAUUUUAAUUGGAGGGCAGUUGUCAAAAAACAUUUUGCUUUAUAACGUUGGAGAAAACAAAUUAUAUUCUUUAUAUAUGAAUAAAAGCUUCAAAAAAUAAUCCUAAUGGAACAAUUAUAAUAAUAUAUAGAAUGAUAUUCAAUAUAAAGAGUUUAGAGAAACUUAGCUCUGAAUUUAGCAGUGUGCAUUGCAAGCUGCUACUUAAAGGAGAAAGAUACGUUUACUGCCUUUGCAAUAAUUAUUUAUUUAAAAACAAUCUUUCAAGCUUGGCGACUUGGGAAAAAAUAGGUGAAAUCCAAUCAAAGAAAUGAUUUUCAUACAGCCAAGGGGUUUGCAUAGAAAAUGAGAUAUAUUUUAUUAAUGAUGAAGACAGGGAGCUGUGGAAGCUUGAUUGCAAUACCGAUCAACUUGAAAGAGUUUCUACUAAUAUAUCUUUAUAA